AUGGAGGAUGAGGAGUCAACAAGUCAAGAUGGCAACCUCAAUCAUGCAGUCAAAGCUUCUCCCCAUGUAACACCGGGAGCACUCAAGAGCCUUUUCAAGUGGCUGUCAAUCUUCAUGGUAGCAAGUUGUGAAAUUGGAGGGCCUGCUACAGAAACUGGAGAGGAGGAGGAAGAUAAAGGUCCCUCAAGUCAGCCUGUUGCUCUGAGGAAUUGUUUUCACCUGCAGAGGAAUAAUAUCCUUGAGAAGCUCAUCAAAACCUGCCCAGUUUGGCUCCAGUUUGGUAUCAGUCUGGAAAAGGCUUCUGACAUCCUCUGCAAGGAACUAUCAGGGAUAUUUAUGGUUCGGAAAGAUGAGACCCUGAAAAAUCUAUUCUUGUUAGUUCAUUUUCCAGUCCAGAAAGAGGGGUGUGACAUUCUAGAAUACAAGAUAAAAGAAGAAAAAUCUUUAUUGCACUUGGAAGGAUCACUUCUUGUGUUUGAAGACAUCUUCAAACUGGUGGCGUUCUACUGUGUCAGUAGAGAUCUGCUUCCGUAUACAUUAAGAUUGCCACAAGCAAUUUUGGAAGCUAAUAGUGCCACGGAAUUAGAAACCAUCUCUGAUUUGGGGAUAGGUUUUUGGAGCUCCUCUUUACAUCAAAGGCAAGGAAGAAGGCUUCUCCAUUCUGUGAAAGAUCCUGCUUACAUCACAGCUCAGGGAAAAAAAGGAAAGAACCCCUGCCAGCCUUUUGCAAGCGGCACGAACAAUUGUUCAUAUGAAACUGAGCUGUCAAUAGGAAGUGACAAGCUGUGGUUUGUAAAUCCUAUUUUUAUAGAGGAGAGCAGCUAUCAAUUUCCCCCACAUGUUUCUCCUUCAGAGAUCUUCAGGGAGAGUCCUUCUGGUGGUAGAAACCUUGUGACAAAACCUCCAAAGAGAUCUCCUACUCGACGUCCCCCCCCUCCUCCUCCUUCUCUUCCUCCUCCUUCUCUUCCUCCUCCUUCUCUUCCUCCUCCUCCUCCUCCUCCUCCACCACCACCACCACCACCACCACCACCUCUAUUGUCCUUUCAUGCUGUGAAACAAGCCAAAACAUCUUCUAUGACCCCUUCCAAAGAGGAUCAAUUCCAAAAUUUGAAGAAAACCAAAAAGGAGAUGAAAACUGAAAUUAGCAAAGGCAAGGAAGAUAGCAGACAAGAGAUCUUUUUUCCUCAUAGCCUUCCAUCUACAGAUUCAAAGAAGGUUCCCCCAUCCAUUCCACCAAGGCGAUGUUCAUCUGAGAGAACUUCAGGAAACUCUUCCUUGGAUAAAAGUCAGAAAUGUUCCCUGCCAGAAGAAAAACAAGUCGAAAAACAGAAUAGGAGGAAUGCAACUUUGGCUAACAAUUACCAGGGUGAUAAAGCUCCAGACUUAUUGGUGGAAGUGACAGAGAACUCUGCCUCAAAUGCUCAAAGCUUGAAGCCUGAUGAAGAAGACAAGAAAGAAUUUACAGAACAGCAGCAGAAUUUAUCAUCGGGAAAAACCUCCCAACCUCCCAUCCCACCACUAAGAAAGAAGAGGUUCUUUAAACAGUCAUCAUCUACCAGUUCCUUUUCUUUGGAGCAGAAGAAUAUUGAAGAGUCAGAAGUUCAACCAGUGAAUAAAUCAAGAAUAGAAAAGACUUGCUCCCUUUCCAAAAAGGAAUCAAAAUCUCAUCUUAAGCUUGUCAGCAUAUCAGAUUGUGAACGUUCAAGUGAUUCAUUGCAUUCUCCUGUAGGCAGCGCAAGGGCUCAAAUGUCUGCCUCUGAGCCAGAUUCUUAUUCUACAAGUAGCACUGAAGAUGAGUUCGAAUUGAGGGCCAGUCCUACAGUGAAGAAGUCCCAUUCGAUGAUUUUAGGCAGGGCCAAGCGUCGUCUGUCCAUGGUCAGCCUAAGCAAUGUCUUCACAGCAUUUCUCUCUUCUGACCGAAAGCUCCAGAAGAAGAUUGUGGAACUAGCCCAGGAUAAAGACUCUUACUUUGGCAACCUGGUGCAGGACUAUAAAGUCUACAGUCUGGAGAUGAUGGCAAAGCAGAUCUCCAGCACAGAAAUGCUCCAAGAGAUUCGCUUAAUGAUGACACAAUUGAAAAGUUACUUAAUUCAAAGUACCGAGCUGAAAUCUUUAAUGGACCAGACUGUUUAUACAGAUGAGAAGCUAGAGAUGAUAAUAGAAUCAGCUUUGCACAAAUGUGUCUUGAAGCCUUUAAAAGUGCCCAUUGAUAUUUACCUACGGGAAAUCCAUAACAAAGAUGGAUCUUUCAAACUCCUAAAGGAAAACCAGCAAGUCAUACAAAAUACAACUACAACCGACUUGGGAGUCACCACUAGUGUGCCUGAAUCUGCAUUGCUGGAGAGAAUAUUCCAUAAAUUCACAACCAUGACCAAGGCUUAUUCUCCAGAAAAGAAAAUCAGCAUUCUCCUGAAGUCUUGCAAACUCAUUUAUGAUUCUAUGACUCCAGGAAACCCAGGGAAGCCUCAUGGAGCAGAUGACUUCCUCCCAGUGCUCAUGUAUGUUCUGGCCCGCAGUGACCUGACAGAGAUGAUUCUCAAUGUAGAGUAUAUGAUGGAACUUAUGGACCCUGCCCUGCAGCUGGGUGAAGGUUCUUAUUAUUUAAUCACCACUUAUGGGGCAGUAGAACUUAUCAAAAGCUAUGAUAAGAUCCCGGGCACUCGACAGCUAAGCACUGAAGUUCAAGAUUCGAUCCACCAAUGGGAGAGACGAAGAACACUUAACAAAGCCCGGGCAUCUCGAUCAUCUGUUCAGGAUUUCAUUGCAAUUUCUUUUAUGGAGGCCGAGGCCAAAACAAGGACCCUGGCAUAUCAGACCAAUUCCACAACUCACCAGCUGAUUCAGCAGUGCGCUGAGAAAUUUGAAGUCUCAGAGCCCCAGGACUACGGGCUAUUUGUCCAAGUUGAUAACAAAACGAUGCAGAUGGAUGAUGACGCCCUCCCUCAUCAGAUCAAAUCCCAUCUGCUGAAUAAAGAGCCCAGGCUGACUUUCUGCUUUAUUUAUAAACAACUUAGUGGAGAAGAGUCACCGGUUCCAGUUAUCAAGGACAUAGAUGCCUUGUAGCAGCAAGGCUACUCUCUUGAAGCAAACUUGGUUUAGAAGUUUCUUCUUCCAAAUCAUCUCUUCCGGCAGCAGAAACUCUCCAAAAUACAGUUUCUGCUCUGGGUGGUGACAUGGAUAGCAUAUGCAACCCUCUCCUCUGGGGCAUUCACUUGACAGAAUUCAUAUGCAGUCAUAAAUGGAAUAUCCAAGGAAAGUUCAUUUUUGGAAGGAAAACAGCAGCAACACUUGAAUAAUAGUUUGGAGCCUCAAACCAUAAAUGGAUGAUGUUGAGGCCGCUGUCAGGGUUCUGGCGAUCUCCCUAAUUAAACCAUGAGCCUCAAGCCAUAGUUGACAGCCAGAUUCCCUGGCACAAAGUAAAUGGUCUUGAAGUUAUGGACCUCCUGGCAAAUUGUUAGACAUUGUAGCAUCAUUGCCUCAAUGUAUAACAGAAAGGGUGCAAGUCAAUUUUGAUGGUCAUCACAGAAAAUCCAAAUGGAUUGGAUUUCCCUUUAGUAGAACAAAAAAUAAUAAUGAAUUAAGUAGCUCAGAGUAUUUAGAUUCUCACAUAUCCCGCCUGAGAUGCCCUACAAUGCCAUCCAAUGGUAAACUGAUGUGGGAGGCUGUAGAUGUCUGUG